AUGGAGUCAAUCUUUUCUUGGAGCGAGGCUUCGCCGCGAGUCUCAUCGCCAUGGUCGACGCCGCGCGCAGUGACGCCGAGGCAGGCGCCAGCCGCCUUAGAGCCUGAGCCUCAAGAGGGUCCGGUUGAGUACAAGCUGCACCUCCUAUUGCGUCCGCGGAGAACCUUCUCGAGAGUCAGCCGAAGCACCCACGUUUCAGGAUCCUAUCGGCAGAAGUUGGGACCGCCUGCUCGCACUCUUCGUAGCGACUCUGAGCCACUGCUCCCGAGUACACCGCCGCUGGCCGCCUCAAACCUACCGCGCCAGGACCGCUUCGAACAUCUCACAACCCAGUUACUGUGGCGGCUGCGAGAGUCUUCACCGAUUCAUCAAGCAGGUUCUACCAAGUUGAUCAUCCCGCAACUCCCGGAAAUGACAGAGCAAUUGAAUGCGCCUACUGUGGUAGGCGAGUUGUUCCCUGGCCUAGAGGAGAGUAAAGGCGCCCUCUAUGAGAUCGGUGUUUCUGACGAUGGAAAUCUUGUGGGCCUUGCGGGCGACGAAAUGGACGAGUCGCUCAACAAUCUUCGAGUGAUGGCCGCAAGCCUAGGCUGUACUGUGGACCUCCUCCGAAUGGAAUCCAUUGGUGAUUGCGAGUGGCUCGACCCGCUCGACACCGCCGAUCCGGAAGGUCAACCACGGAAGGACAAGCUGUGGGUUGCAGAGGCGUACAUCAAACCCCACGGACAUUGGCACCCUCCAAGCCCCUUGACAGCGGCUCAGAAACUUGACGCAGCAGUCUGCGCUCUCGAUGGAGGCGAGUCCCGUCAGUCGACUGAGCAACUUCGAGUAUCGUUGACUGGACAAACCGGAUCCGGGAAGUCUUCCCUGCUUGGCAGCCUGUCGACUGCAACGCUUGACAACGGCAAAGGGAAGAGCAGGCUCAGCUUACUCAAACACAUGCACGAGCAGGUUUCCGGUAUGACCAGUUCAGUGACCCAGGAGCUGAUCGGCUAUCGCAGUCUUGCAACCAGCGAUGGCCAGAUAGAAGAAGUUGAAGUUAUCAACUAUGCUUCCCACAACGUAUCCUCUUGGGAGGGUAUACACACUUCGGCUCACUCAGGACGUCUUGCAUUCUUGUCCGACUCUGCAGGUCAUUUACGCUAUCGCCGCACAACUGUCCGAGGACUUAUAGGCUGGGCGCCGCAUUGGACAUUGCUGUGUGUUCCUGCAGACGGAAGUGACCCUGGGCCAAGUAAGUCGAGCGACAGUCCCUCUUCGACGGCGUCAAUCGGGGGCGGAACUGCAGACGGUGACUUGUCUGGAGCUCACCUCAAUCUUUGUCUGAACCUGAACCUGCCUCUAGUCAUAGUCAUCACCAAGUUGGAUCUUGCUUCUAAAGUUGGCUUGCGACGGACGUUGUCCAGCUUACUGUCGACGCUGAAAGCUGCCGGAAAGAAACCUGUCAUUCUAUCUGACACGAGCUCCACAGUAUCAGAGUCUGAUCUAGGAGUCAUCUCCGCAUCUGACUUGAGAGACGCAACGACUGCUUGUGGAUCUCUAUCAGACGAUUUGCUUGGCACAGUCCCGAUCAUUUUGACUAGUGCCGUGAAGGGUACUGGCAUUGGCAAACUACAUGCUGUCCUCCACGAGCUACCUAUACCACCGCCACCGGUUGCGCCUCUGGAUAAUUUGACCGAGACAGAGAAACCACCGGCUGUCUUGUUUCACAUUGAGGACGUAUAUAUCAAACAGCACGUCUCCUCCCCGUCACAAGACGCUGGAAGCCACAGCUGCAUCAUAAGCGGCCACGUGCGGUACGGAACUCUUCAUGUUGGAGACGAAUUAGUUCUUGGGCCAUUCUACACCGAAAGCAACGAUACGGGCGGUAUCCGCGGUGAUAGCCAGAGGCAUCUUCGGCCUGCUGAACUCAUGACAUCCGCUUCCUUUCCCGGGGCACUACACAAGCAGAGCCACCUGACGCUCCCGCAUACGGGUGGCUCGAGGAAUGGUCAGACUGACCGCGACUAUCGUAGUGUUCGUAUCAUCAGCAUACGUAACCUCCGCCUUCCUGUCCGAAGUUUGCAAGCCGGCCAGGUGGGCACUGUUGGUCUUCAGCCGCUCGGAUGGUCCAUCGAAACGCCUUCUAUUGGACGGGCAAGGAAGGGUAUGGUCCUUGCCGGCCCUGCUUCAACCGUGCCAAAAGCGAAGUUGGAGUUCGUAGCGAGGUUUGAGGGUCUCGCAGCGCAAAGCAUGAGAGCGAUCAGCAUUGGCUCCGCUGUGGUGUGUUACACGGCGAGCGUACGAGCAGGAGCAAAGGUUGUUGGUGUAGCCAUCGAUGAGGACAGUAAUGAUAGAAAUCCACACGAUAGGAGAGACGAGCAGGCACAAAAACGAACCCCCACAGACCCGGACGCAGACGGCAGCUGCGGCUUCGGCUUCGAAGACGACGCAAGUGACGCCAGCGGCAGCACAGCCAGCGAAGUCGACAGCGGCGACGAAGACAUCCUGGUGACGUUUCGCUUCAUUGGGUCAAAGGAGUUUAUUGAGACUGGUGCGCAGGUGCUUGUUAUGCCGGGCGGUGGGCCAGGUUUGCACGGCGGCAACAGUGCACGAGGCGUUAAGGGUGUUGCGGCUUUAGACGGGUUUGUGGGGAAGAUUGUUGCGAGGGUGGAGGGGUUGAGGUGUUAG